AUGUCCAAGGUACGACCUGAAAAUGAUCUGUUACUCCGGGCCUCAAGAGGAGAGAAAACGGAGCGAUCGCCGGUCUGGGUGAUGAGACAAGCUGGGCGGUAUCUACCAGAAUUUCGUAAAGCAAAAUCUCAUGGAUUCUUCGAUAUAUGUCGGACGCCUGAACUAGCGAUGGAAGUGACCAUGCAGCCGAUCAGGAGGUACGAAGGAUUGCUAGACGGAGCGAUCAUCUUUUCCGAUAUCCUGGUCAUUCCCCAAGCUCUAGACAUGGAGGUAAUCAUGAAUCCCGGCCCAAUAUUUCCGAGCCCGAUUACUUCGACGGAGCAGAUGGAGGAGAUGAUUAACAAGACGAUCACGCCGGAGGAACUCAAGCUAAAAUUGAAUUACGUUUACGAGGCGAUCAAACUGACGACCGCGGCACUGGAAAACCGAAUUCCUCUGUUCGGCUUCGUCGGAGCGCCCUGGACGUUGUUUGCCUACAUGACGAGUGGUGGUAGUGGAUCAGGUCUGAACGGUAGCAAGGCCACCAGUUUCGAUACUGCCAAAAGCUGGAUACAAAUGGAACCGCAACUAUCCAGCCGAUUACUAGAGAAACUAGCACGAGUCUGCGCUCUUCAUCUGGUCAACCAAAUCAAGGCAGGCUGUCAGAUAGUUCAGGUCUUUGACUCAUGGGCUGGCGAACUUAGCGAUUAUGACUUCACGCACUUCAGUUUACCAUACCUCCGGAUGGUAUCAACUCUGGUCAAAGAGAAUUUAACCCAAGAAAGCAUAGCACCAGUCCCGAUGGUCGUGUUUGCCAAAGGAGCCAAUCUCCCCCAUCAACUUCGACAACUAGCUGAAUCAGGCUAUUCGGCAAUGUCAUUAGAUUGGAAAGUCCAACCAGCUUAUGCAAUCGAAGCCUUGGGUGCCGCAUCAAACAAGAUCGCUCUGCAAGGAAACCUAGAUCCAGCAGUCUUGCACACCAAUCAUGAAACGAUUAAGAAAUACGUCAGGCUCAUGUUCACAAAGGAGGCCGGUGGUUUUCUUGGUCACUUGCCCCAUAUCACCAAUCUGGGGCAUGGGAUCACUCCCGGUGUCGAUCCGGAGGCUAUGAGGACGUUCCUGGAAGCCGUUCAUGAAGAGAGCGCCAAGAUUAGACAGUCAUAA